CUGUGUACAUCCAUGUUGUUGAAAAGUUUAGCAGUAGAAAUCAAUCGUUUUGUUCACUUUAUACAACCCGACCCUUUACUUGUGUCUUGAAAAUGUGCUGAAAAUGGUCAAGUGGUUUGUUAUCAAGAGAAAACGAGAAUCAUGGGAGAAAUCUUGUUCUACAUUGCGGAAUAUCCUUAUCAGCCAGAGUCUGAAGAACUGAACAACGGUUAUAUCUCAAUUGAAGUAGAUGACAUUUUAGAAGUAGAUAUUGAUUCUUUGAAAGAAGAAGAAGACGAAACAAUUGAAGAUCCCAAAGGCUGGUUAUUUGGGAAAAAUCAGCGAACAGGAAGUGUCGGUUUUUUUCCAGGGACAUAUGUGAAGUUUGAAAGAAGAAACGCUUCUGUUAAUGCAGUUGUAAGACCUCAGCCUUCUACUCCAACAGUUCCGCCAAGAGUUCACAGACUUGUAGAUGCUUUCUUCCUGAAACCUAUACUCUGCUCACAUUGCAACGACUACAUUUGGGGAACUGGAAAAGUGGGAAUGAAGUGCCAAGGAUGUGGACGAUGCUUUCAUGAGAGGUGUGGAAAAUUAGUUGCCAAAGAAACCUGUAGAAAAAUGGAUAGUGCUUCUAGUCCUAAAAGUGAAACCCUUGACACAUCAAAGCCUUUGGAACAAUGGAGCGUCUCAAAUGUAACUGAAUGGAUGGCUGCUUGCAAUCUUUAUCCGUACUCACAUGUAUUCAGCAAAUAUAGCAUCACAGGCAGUCAAUUACUCAAUCUCAAUGACGCACAACUGCAGGAUAUGGAAAUUCAUGAUGACUACGACAGGAAAGCGAUAAUGCUGUGUGUCGAUGAACUAAGUAAAAGACAAUCAAUGCAGUCUUACGGAUCAUCUUUACCUCGUGGAGCUGCUGGGGAAGCAUGCUGUCCUGCAACAGACCACUCAUUUGUAGAAUACAGCUUCUCCUCCCUACAACAAUGCCAUCUAUGUGAGAAAUUCUUACUCGGCCUUAUGCGCCAGGGUUAUCAGUGUCAAGAGUGUGGCUUGUGUUGUCACCGCCAGUGCUCAGCAGAGCAAGUCCCAGAAUGCAGUCGUGAAAAAACAGAGAAGCUCAGACGGGACAGCUUAAGUUACAGUUCAAUCUUUGGUAUAACAUUGGACCAGCAGUUCAGUGUUGAGGCGCAAAGUGCCCCUUCUGUUCUCAUCAGAUGUACCCAAGAGAUAGAGGAGAGAGGGAAACAAAGUGGAGACGAUCUUUUCAAUGCUUAUAAAGCCACAGCUUCUAGUGAUAAGAUCAACCAGUUGAAGAGUCUCUUCAAUGAAGAAAACAAUGAAGAUUUGAACCUUGAGGGAUUCAGCUUACAAAGUAUUGCUGGAUUAGUAAAGAAGUACCUUAGAGAGUUACCCAGCCCGGUGAUACCUGUCAUAUUUUAUGACAAGUUUAUUCAUGCUGCUAGACUAUCAGACCCCGAGCAGUGUAGAAAGUCCCUUGUUGAUUUAGUCAGUCAACUACCGCCUCAUCAUCAGUCAACAAUAGCUUACUUAAUGGGACAUUUCUGUCGUAUUUGCCAGCACCAGGAGACUAUACGUCAACAGAAACCAUUUACAUUCUUGGCAGAGGUCUUCUGUCAUAUCCUUCUUCGACCUAGUUGGGAGAAAAUCAUAGAGAUUGUGUACAACACAGAGCUGCAUAUUGCUAUAUUUGAACACCUUCUGCAAGGAGGAGACUGGGGAGAGAAACUGCCUGCACCAACGGUGCCACCAAGACCACCUAAACCUAGACCACUGGACCAUGCCCCCUCACCUGUGCCAGCUACUACCAGUAGUGCUGCUUCACUCAGUGAAGCAGAUUGGUAUUGGGGAAAUAUAUCCAGAGAGGAAGUGAAUGAUAAGCUUCGAGAUAUGCCCGAUGGAACUUUUCUCGUGAGAGAUGCAUCAACAAAAGCUCAUGGGGAUUACACCUUGACUUUAAGGAAAGGAGGGAGCAACAAGCUGAUAAAAAUAUUCCACGCGAAUCAACGGUAUGGUUUCGUAGAGCCCUAUGAAUUCAAAUCAGUCGUAGAUUUGAUUAAUCACUAUAGGUCCAACUCGUUGGCCCAAUAUAACAAGACACUAGAUGUCACUCUGCAACAUCCGAUUUCACGAUUUGAUAAGGGUGAUGAAGUCAAUCCAGAGAGUAUAGAGGAUAUGUUUAAAAAUAUACUUGACAUUAAUGAAAGCUACCUAGAAAAAACUCAUCAGUAUGAUAAACAUUUUGAACGGCAUUCAAAAACAACUCAAGAGCUUCAGUUGAAACACCAAGCUCUGGAUGCCUUCAAGGAAACUGUCUCCGUGUUCCAAGAUCAGAUGAACUUACACGAACAAUUCCAAAAAGAGGCUGCGCCUAAUGAAAUACAAAAAUUACAGGAUAAUUUUCUGUUACUACAAACGCGGCUUAAUGAUAUCAUAGAGAGUAAAAAGCGACUUGAAAUUGAUUUAAAAAACGAGACAACAGAAAUACGUAUGCUGAUUGCAGAGAUGAACAGCUUAAAACCUGAAAUUAAAAGACUACAUAAAAAACGAGAGCAAUACAGAAAAUGGCUUAUUGACAAUGGUGUUAGGUCUAGUGAGAUAGAUAAACACCUUGAGGAGAAUUACAAUGAGGGGGAGAGGAACCUUGUGUCCACCCCCCAGACCACCCUUGAACGCCUCCCCCACUACGACCAGAGCACAUGGCUAGUAGAAUGCGGGCGAGAAGAUGCAAUAAAGUUACUCACUCGGAAACCAAACGGAACAUUUUUAAUACGCAAAAGUAAAACUCAACGUGGCUGCUUUGCGCUGUCUAUUGUGCAUCAAGGUGGUGAAAUAGGGAAUUGUAUUAUAAAGAAAACAGAGACUGGGUUUGGAUUUACUGAGCCAUACUGCAUUCACGAAACACUUCUAGACUUAGUGGUUCACUACCAACAGGUGUCACUAGCUGAACAUAAUGACCAGUUAGAUGUAACAUUAGCAUAUCCAGUAUUGGCAUCUCAGGAGGUUGUAUAUGCUCGAAUGAAUUAAUCUGUUGUGAAUGGGAAUAAGAUUGGAUAAUGAAAUCAUGUUAUACUCCAUACUAUGUAUAUACGAAAGUGACAAUUUUACACCUGAAUGAAUGACAGACUAGUUGUAAUGUUCCUGUACAUACUGAGAUUAUGAUCUUAUCUGUACGAGAUGAUCUGGCCAUGGACCAACAGCUACAUGUAGGCCCUAUAUGCUUGCUGCAUAGCAUGAUCAGUUUGGGCUAGAACAUUGGCACCUUGGGAGCGCAAGAUAUGGAUUUCAUGUAUGAGAUACUUUGGAUAUCCUUGUCAUCUUGUGUCAAUCAUCCUAGAUUAGCCUAUUAUGUAAUGAUGGUAAAUUAUCAUGUAAUGAAGAUAGCCUAUCAUGUCAUCAGGGCAGCUAUCUUGUAAAGUAGGCUGCCAGUUAUGUAAUUAGGAAAGCGCAGUUGUAAGAGUGGACGCUUUUUCCAAUGAUAUUUGUGUAUUUAGUCUUAUUGACUGUGAUUCUGCAUACAGGGUUGAAACGUAAUGUAUGGCAGCAGGCUUAUAUAUUCAACUAAGGUAGGCCUAGUGUAUAAAUAUGAGUAUGAUAUUUCAUUGUAUAUGGUCUACCUUACUCUCGGCUGAAUAACAGCUUGACUUGAUUCAACAUUAUUAACCCUUUCAUGCCAGGGAUUUUAGUUUUAUAAUUACUUACAUACAUGUACUGUAGAUAAUACUAGAUGUAACUUAGAUUUGAUUGUAAGGAACACAAUUUAAAACAAUAAGCCGAAUGUAUAUUUGAUAUUUCUUAGUCUAUAAAAUUAUACACCAAAGGGCACAGCAAAAAUAUGCUGUAUCAGAUGAACCUGUCAGCACAUAAUAAAAAAUGAGGUUUUAUAUAUUCAUUCACUUAUUCAACGGAUCAACUUUUUUUAAUCUUUUAUUUUUCAGUUUGAUUUGACUUUGAAUGAGAUUAUUGAAAUAUUCUUAUCAGACCCAAAUACAAUGAACAUUAAACUAAACUUGUAAUUCUAAGAGAGAUACUGAUUCAGGCAGGUAAUUUGUGUCAUUACUGGUGAACCUCAUCUAUUGAAAUACUACCAUGGGAAUUUAUGUACAUGUAUCAGAUUACAAGGACAAUCCCUGCUUCAUUUCCCAUAUUAAUGUGUAUAUUGUAAAUAUGGUAAAUAUACAAUUAGCUGUAUAUGUUCACUUAUAUGCAAGUUUUCAUUCUAUUGAGGCGAAUGUCUUUUACAUAUUUUAAAUGUUUUAUGAGUGUGCCACGGAUAUUCACCAAAAAUAGAAUGAAAUAUUUGUUUUAUUGUAUCACAUGAGGAAACUGCACACAUGUACUUUUGUGUCAUGUGACCCUGGUUUGACCAAUCAAAAAUGGGCGUGCUUGGUAGUCGUGAUAUAAUAUUUUGUAUGUCAUUGCCCAAUGCCCAACUCAAUGACUAACUGAUUAUGGGCCAUAAUAUGGACAUCCUCUCCAGAGCGUGUUUCACUUAGUUGAAAUACAUAACUUUACCUAUAUUAUUAGAUCCAUUACCUCGUAUUAGCACCUGUAAAAUGAUACAUAAUUUGCAGUCACUGAUGAUGAAUAAUGUACAGUAUUUGUGUAAUGUAUGCUGAACAAUGAACAUGGAUAUGUGAUUUAAAACACAGCAGGGCAUUUAUGAUUCAGAUUCCAAUGAAAUAGAUUUUCAAUAAGAAGAAUAUAUUUAUUUUGUAAUAUUUUAAAAUGUAGAAUAAAUGAAUAUUAUUUUUAAGGGUUAGCUACUAUAUAGGCAACUGUGAUGUCAUAAAUCAGUAAUGACUAAGUAAAUUUUGUAGCGCCACAAAAGUCUACCAUUGGAUAUAUUUGAUUGAUUAAUCUGGGUAUAUUUAAAGAACUUUCUGGAAUUAGCAUGAUUAAUAUUAAUCAUAGACUGAGACUUUGGAAUUUUUAUGAUCGAUUAAGUUGGUGAUAAAAAGAAAAGUGUGAACUAUUGUAUUUCUAGUACUCUACAGGAAGUACAUGUAUGUAGAAAAGCUACUAGAGUAGUAUUUUUCACGCAUCUUAUUUUUCAUUGUAAAUACCAUAUUCAUCAAAGAAUUAUUAACUCCAUGUAAAUAAGAGUAUAACUUGUAUUAUAUGUAUGUACAAAGGAAUGCUUUGAAAAAUCACUUAUUAUUUUUUAUUGUGUUCUAGUUGAUGCUGUAUGAGAUUGUUUAUGCUACGGAGCACACCGAUUAAGAGAUGCAUUGAAAUUUCAUUGAAAUGUUGCGACUAAGGAUUCAUUCAAUUUGAUCAUAAACAAACUCUCUAGAGACAGGCUCUAAUUACAAAAGUGCAAUAUUUGCUUAUUCGAAGUUUGAAAUUUCUAAAAUUUCAACUUUAAAAAUGAGAGAAUAUUUUCAAUGUUGUCUACAUUCAUAUCUCAUAUAGCAUCUACUUGGAAACGCAGACAUUGUUAAAAUGUUUUAUUCAAAGUGCAAAGCAACAAACAUUGUUUUAUUUCAAAUAGAAAACAACAGGUAUUGUUUUAUUUCACAAACAUAACAACAGGCAUUGUUUGAUUUAACUGUGAAAACAAAACUUAAGCGUUGUUUAUGAAUAUAUAUUUUUUGUAUGUUGACAAGUGAGAAUGCAGUAUUAUUAUUAUAAAAGUUCCAUGGAACUAUAAAAUUUGCAAACUUGGUUGAUAUUAGUGGACAUUCAAAAAGUUUUGGGCCUUCUUUGUGUAAAUUGUUGAUAUACUGUAUGAUUGUUUUACAGUUAUAUGAGGAAUAAUUGCAUGUAAUGGAACUUACAUUCACGAGCAAAAUGUCAAAAAACGAUAUAUUGAAGUAUGAAUAAUAAAGUUUAUUCUCUGAUUUUAACUGAUUGUUUAUGUUAAGUCAAUAUAUACAGAAUAUAAAGUUUUAUAACAAAAAUAUACAUGUCAUACAAAAAUUUACAAACAUAACGGCUAUUUCAUCAAAAUCUUUCUUCAGGAGUGAUAUAGCCUAAUAUCAGAAAUAAAAUAACACUCAAUAGAAUCCCAAAUAUUUUGGAAUUCUAUUUCGAAAAACAUAGGAUGCAAAAAACUAACAUAAUAUAUCAUUUGCACCUUUUGCACAUUACUUUAAGCUGCAAUUCUUAAUGUCAAACCAUGAGUCUUAUUUAGCAAAAAAACUACAUAAAGAAUGGAUUUUUAUUUAGCAAGUGCGUAAAAGUACAUGUAUCAGAUCUUUACCUUUUGUAUGUUGCACUCGCAGCUAUAAAUAAAAAUGGUAUAAAAAUGCAACAUAUUUGAAAAUAGAUAUCACCAAUAGCAAUACCAAAUUUCAAAAAAAUCCACUGGGUGGAGUGUCCAGUUUUAUUAAAUGUGGUGGAAUAUAUCUUCAGUGGAAUGUCAAAUCAAAUACAAAAUGCAUGCAUGUAAAAUACAUAUUGCUUUCAUAAAGUUAUUCAAGGCGUAAAUACAUUGUAGCUUUGAAUACAUAUUGCUUUUUAAAUUGUUCGAUGCAAUGCAUAUUGGUAAUAAUCAAACCCAAAAAUGAACAUGGGCGUAGCCAGGGGGUGAUAGGUGUGCAACACCCCAAAAAUCGCACCCCCUUGAUAAUUGCUGAAUACGUCCUUGAGGAAUGAGCUCACUGCAAUGUAAUUGGAAUUCAGGUUUGUCUCAUAUAAUGUAAAAAAUAUAGGAACAUGCUUGAAUUGUUGAUUCCAAAAGGCACAAAAAUACUAUGGAAUGGAACCUCUUCCCCACAGUUAGGUAGGAGUAAGAGAACAUGUCAAAAAAGAUCAUUAACCUCCCUAAUUUCUUUUUAGCAUGCUAUCGAAUCAUUCUAAACAAAAAAUAUUAUUCACUUAGAAGCAAACAGUGGGUGUUCUUUUUGACACAUUCUAUGUUGUACUGAACGCUAUGUAUCAGCAUUUUGAUUGGAUAUACACCCCGUACUUGAAACAUACAUAUCAAUUGCUAUUAAAUUGUGUACAUCUUAUUUGUGCAUUGUUUGUGGCAUUGCCUUGUGUUUGAGUAUUGCAUCCUCCUAAUAAUUUCUCAUAUCAUUUUUAUCUUAUAUCACUGAUUUAUCUGAGGAGACAGAUCAGGGAAUAACAUUAGUGCUACCCUUUGGGCCAGUUAGUUUGAUGUAAUUUGAAUGCAUGUGUACAAAAUAACAUAACACCUAGACCAUUUUGAAUUUUGACCAAAAGGUCUAAAGUACAAAAGUAUAAAGCAAGCACCCUGGUGCAAGUGCAUGUUCGUUCAGCUGUAUUUCAAAUUGCGAUUUUUAGUUGAACUGAUUAUUAACAUAAUGCAAGUUCACUGCAAUGACUUGAAUGUUCUUUGAGUUUUUCCCUGAAACGUGCUAGUAUCUGUCUGUCUGUGUAGAGUAUGCAUCACCAUGUAAUGCUUUUAGGCAGAAUAUCUGAUUCCUUUAAGGUUUUAGUUCUGUCCAAGGUUAAUGCUUAACAAGCUCUUAACAUAACACAUACUAAACUGAGCGAGGGUCAUUAACAGAAACUUUGUAAAUUCAAAAAUUCCUAAAUAAAUUGUUGUAACCAUGGA